CCGUAUGAAUGGCAGAUUGUCGAAGGUCUUGCAAUACUUCCAUGUGCCACUGCCUUUAUUCGAAGCCGGAUGCCUGACAUGAGGUACGUGCGCUGGCUUGACAAGAUGUUCAUGCUGCUCGUCCUCGUACCGCAUGCAGACGCUGCACGUCCUCAGAUGGCACUUGUGGGGAUGGAGGAGGAGUGGAAGUACACUGCAGCUGUUCAUGCAACCAGUGGCGGCGGCAGGCAUUGGUUCCCAUGCAAUGUGAUUUGCGGAUGCGGAUCAAAACCGGAUGAGUUUGCUCUGCACUACGACAACAUUGCAAGGGAGGUGGAUGAGGCCAGCUUCUUGGAUGGAGCUCAUUUCUACAAGCAUGCGCAGCACUCGCAGGCCGAAGUGGAGGAGCGUGCGAGAAGUGCUGCUUCUGGGCACAGUCAAGGCGUUGCUGCCGCACACAAGGAGGAGAAUGCAACGCAUUGGUCAGGGAGUUUCUUGGAGAAAGCUCGUCUCUACAGCCAUCUCGGUCUUACAGGUGGCGGGCAGUUGCAAAGCCAAGCAAUGCGCAAGGUAAGGUGGACAAUUGGCGCCUGGUUGUGGCGGAUCUGGUACUUCGUUUUCUACCUAGCUGUGGCUUGCGUGUGUGCUCUCGCUGUGAUCGUGUGCAUGGCCGACAAGCAGAGGGAAGGGGCCGGCUGCAUAGAGACAGCGUGCAGCGCCUGCUGUUGUUCGACUUGCUUGUUCCUUCUUGCCAUGUUCUUCUUUUCGCUAACCAUGACUGCGGGAAGAUACCUCGCAACUUGGUGCACGUGCAACUGCACCUGA